AUGGAAAUCGAUCACAUGAGAACGGUGGAGAUUCUAGCGGCGAAAGCGGCCACUUGGGGCCUCCCCGAUCCAGAGGAAGAAGCUGAAAGUACGGAAAUGAAUUGCCCUCCAAAUUUUGUUCAAAAAAAAAUGUUUAGACGAAUUCGACGAGGAAGAAGACGUCGAUUCGAUUGCUGGAACGUUGGGAAAUGUGAAAAAACGCGAAAAGGAGCUCGUGGAGCUUCACUUUCCGCCGGAUGUAAAACGUGGCAAACAAUAUGCAAUGUUAUUCAAGAAAAUUGCAGGUGACCGCCAUCCGUGCCAACAUGAAGCGAUUCCGAGUGAUUCAGAGGCAAAUCGACGUGUCGAAAGCGGUAAGAUUCACAGAAUCCAACGUUCUCCAGUCAAAGACGUUUUGCAGACAAUGUCGGAGCUGCACGACGCGUACCAAUCGGUCUCGAGCCGUACUUCGUCGCUGCACGACGCCUGCGACAGAGCUCUCGCCGAGCAAACCGCCCUCUCCACCGGAUCGCAGCUCAUCAAGACCAAUCUGUACUAUUUCAAACAGGCCGACGCCAUUAUGAAGGUACAGCAUCGAAAAAAAGCGGGAAACAACUCUGAAUAAUUGCAGAAGCUGUCGGUGGCGAAACUGAUGGUGACGGGCCAAUCGUUCGCCUCGAUCCUGGUCUCCAUCGACGAUUGUCUCAACUAUUUGCGCUCCCAUCCCGAGUACAAAGAAUCCGAGGCGUACAUUGCCAAAUUCGAACAGUGCCUCAGCAGGUUUGUCAGAAAAUUAUUGAGUUUUGGCAAGAAUUGAUCAAAAAUCAUAUUUCAGAGCAAUGACAUGGGUACGCGUGGGCGUUCUCGCCGAUUUGGAGGCCUGUUUCAAUGAUGUCAAAGAUCGACAGACACAGUUGGAGGUACAGAAUGAAAUUGAAGCCCAAAACGCCAUUUUCCAUUAUUUUCAGGUGGAUUACGUGAAAACAAGCCGCGAAGGAGAGGAAGAGGACACGUUUGCCCUCCUCUACGGAGUUUUCGCUUCGAAAUCGGCGGCCGUCAAGUAAACAAACUGCUUCUGCAAUUUUUCAGGCUUCUUUUUUGCAGAGCCUCAAUCUCGGUGGUCGAACAGCGAUUCUCGGCGGUUCCAGAGUUCGAGGAGAUGCUGGCAGAAUGCCAAUACGCCUAUUUCGCCAGAAGACACCUCCUUCUCGGACCGAUUCUCGAGUCGACUCUUGACAAACUCUCCGCGUGAGUCUAUAAUCAGCACUGGGCGAAAAGCCUGAACAUUUGACCAACUUGCAAUAAUCCGAUCGGACCCAAACUGUGCAGACUUCUUGGACUUGGAUUAAAGUAUUUUGGGUCCAAGUUUCAGACCGAUCCGAUCAUCUGGACCCGAGAGCUGAAUUGGGUCUGAAAUUCCAGUCUGAAUUACUUCUAUGGGUCAUAUUUGUUCAGUUUUCACUCAAUUGCACCCUCUAGAAUACUUGUACCGAGCCCGAGAUUCGGAAAUGUCCAGAUUUCCUGGAGUGCCCCUAUGGCGCCGCAAUCUAGACAUUUCCGACUUUACCGCGAUUGUAAGCACCUAUGUAAUUUAAUCCAAGUUCAAAACGCCUCCAAAAUUUGGUCGAAAAGUCCAGACUUUUCGCCGAUUAUCUGCUUUCAGAACGCACGCGGAAUCGACGUGCCGCCUGACGCGCGACGCGUGCACAUUCAUGCUACGAACCUGUGACGACGAGUACCGUCUGUACCGUCAGUUCUUCGUCACCUCCUUCUGCGCCUCGCAUUCGGACGGACGCAUCAGUCCGGCCAUGUCAACGAUCACGUCGGUGUUCACGGCGGAGAAGAGUCAGCAGGCGCAUCCGUUCGAGACGUUCACCGAGCAAAUGUGCAGGACGCUGUACGACAUGCUACGCCCACGCAUAGUGCACAAUCCACACUUGGAGACACUCGCCGAGUUGUGCACUAUGAUCAAGGUACUGAUGAUUUUGCGGAUCAACCGAAAAAAAAAAGACAAGAGUUUUUUUUUUGCAGGUAGAAAUGAUCGAAAACCGUUGUUCUCUGCAAAUGGUGGCCUCCAUCCUCGGAGACGAUGCGACGCACGAUCCGAACAUUUCGGGCCUAAAUCCGAGAGCCGGAUUCGUGUCGGUCAUGGGCGAACUCGUCGGAGACAUUGCCGAACGCAUCGUCCAUCGGUAAAUUGACAAAUUUUCUAUCUUGACAAAUGCACCACUGUGUUUCAAGAGAAAGCUAACUUUUCCUUAAUUUGCAGAGCAGGAAUGUACGCGCAAAACGACAUUGGCGCGUACCGUCCAGCGCCGGGCGACAUUGCCUACCCGCAAAUGCUCCAAAUGAUUCGUAGAAUCGAGAAUGAGCAGAAGGAGAAGAGCCCGCGGCCCGAGGAGUCGGCCAUCGACCAGCACUGUCUGUGGUACCCGACCGUCCGGCGGACCGUCAUGUGUCUCUCGAAAAUAUUCCCGUGUCUGGAUGUGAGUUCAAAAAAGUCAAUUUCGGAAAAAAAAUUGAAACAAAGAACUACGAGACCUGUGCAUGAAAUAUUGAUGCAGCGGCGGUUAAAGUGAUUUUGGAACUGUCCACAAAGUCUUGCUAAAAUCUACAGAAACUCAAAGAACACAGAACAAUAGAAACGCAAUAG